UGGAACAAGAAGUCCAUCUGAGACAAGGUAGAGUAAAGACUGUAAAAAACGGCUGUACAGCCUUUUGACUUUAUCAUGUAAAAUAUUCGCAUAUUCGGUAGACCUGUGUUUACAUCUUAAGAAAUUGAAACGUCAAGUUACAUUAAAGGUUUGACGUAUUUAAUGAGAAUGUAGAUCAGAAAAUUUCAUGGGCAGAAAUUUCUCUACAAAUAUUUCAAAAUGUCGAGAAUAACCGGAAACCUGAUCCUUGCCAUUGCAUCGGCCGUUAUUGGAUCCUCCUUUCAGUGUGGGUACAACAUAGGCGUGAUCAACGCACCUCACGAUCUCAUUUCUCAAUUCAUAAAUGGAACCAAUUUUGAACGAAGUGGACAGCACAUGAAAUACCAUCAAAUUACAUUGAUUUGGUCGUGGAUUACUUCGAUUUUUUCACUCGGGGUAUUUUUUGGGAUUUUAUUCACUUGCUUAGUGGCUGACAAACUUGGAAGGAAACAAGGAUUAUUAUGGAAUAACGUUCUGGUUAUAAUUGCCGUAAUUUUGGAGGGAUUUUCCGAAACGUGUGGAUCUUAUGAGAUGCUGAUUAUAGGUCGUUUCUUAUUAGGUGUCAACGCUGGAUUGAAUACUGCCCUGGUUCCAAUGUACUUGGUUGAAAUUUCUCCCGUCCAUAUUCGAGGUGCAGUUGCCACAAUGCAUCAGUUGGUCGUGAUCAUUUCCAUUCUCAUCUCUCAAAUUCUGGGACUGGAAAGCCUUCUUGGAACUGGGGACAAGUGGUCAUUCCUCCUGGCUGCCAGCAUUAUCCCAGCUUUCUUCCAAAUCUGUACGUUUCCGCUAUGCCCAGAGUCGCCCAAAUUUACCAUGUUGAAUCAAGGAAAAGAGGUCGAAGCGCAACGUGACCUGACCUGGCUCCGAGGAACAAUUGAAGUCCACGGAGAACUUGACGAGAUGCGUACUGAAUAUGAACAAAUGAGAUCUAUGCCCACGCUUACCUUAAAAGAAAUGCUGUCCAGCCAUGCUCUCAGGACGCCACUUAUCAUCACCUGCAUGAUGACGUUGGCACAGCAACUUUGUGGGAUUAACGCAGUAUUAUUCUUCUCAACCAAGAUCUUCACAGCGGCUGGAUUAGAUGAGAAUUCGGCUCGAGGUGCAACACUAGGAAUGGGAAUAUGCAACAUAGUAGUAACUCUGGUUUCGGCCGGUAUGGUGGAGAAAGUUGGAAGAAGAGGUCUCAUGCUGUUCGGACUUUCGGGAAUGUUUAUGGAUAUUAGUUUGCUAUUUUUCUGCACUUGGUUCAAGGAAAUCAGAUGGGUCUCAUAUGCCAGUGUCUUUCUGGUCAUAUUUUUUGUCGUAAUGUUCGCCUCCGGUCCUGCAUCAAUUCCGGGCUUCUUGUCUGCUGAGCUAUUUGGCCAACGUGCUCGUCCAAUGGGAAUUAGUAUUAUUUUGGCGGUCAACUGGAUUGCCAAUUUAAUCGUUGGAUCCACCUUCCUGCCGAUAUUGGGGUUGAUGGAUUCAUAUGUGUUUUCCCUCUUUGCUGGUCUGUUGGGAAUCUUCAUUGCGUUCACAUAUUUCAAAGUUCCCGAAACAAGGGGAAAAACUGUAGAAGAGAUCGGUGCCCUCUUCAGACGGCGGGAUUCCAUGCAAUGAUGGAUAUUUGUUCUAAAUCAUAACUGAAAUUAAUUUGACUUUGAGAAGAGUGACCGUUCAAAUUAGGAACAAGUGCUUUACUAAUAUUUGUACAUACAUUAUUUGGGAUGUAAAUAAAUAUCCGGCUUUGUGCAAAUAAAAAAUAAAUACUGCACCUUA